AGCUGAAACUGUAAAACUCCAACUGUCUCUCUGUCUCUGUCUCUGUCUCUCUCUGUGAAAUGGAACAGUUUCAACACAAAUUCAUUGAAGUCCAAGGCCUCAAGCUCCACGUUGCCGAGAUCGGGUCUGGUCCCAAUGUAGUCAUGUUCUUGCACGGAUUUCCGGAGAUAUGGUACUCAUGGCGGCACCAGAUGGUGGCCAUGGCGAGAGCGGGGUUUCGCGUGCUAGCGCCUGAUUUCAGAGGCUACGGGUUGUCUGAUCCACCGCCUGAACUUGAAAAGGCCUCCUUCGGUGACCUUAUUAAGGAUCUUGGUGCAUUGCUUGAUGCCCUAGGCAUUGAUAAGGUGUUUCUUGUAGCUAAAGACUUCGGAGUUUUUCCUGCUUACAUGUUUUCCCUCCUCCACCAAGAGAGGGUCCAAGGAGUAGUGACCCUAGGAUUUCCACACCGCUCUCCUAGUCAUCCCAUCAAAUAUCAUGAGCAUCUCCCUGAAGGCUUUUACAUUUCAAGAUGGCGGGAACCUGGACGGGCAGAGGCUGAUUUUGGGUGCCUUGAUGCUAAAACAGUUGUACGCAAUAUUUACAUACUCUUUUCAAGAAGUGAAAUACCAAUAGCUGCAGAGAACCAGGAGAUUAUGGAUAUAGUCGAUCCAUCUACCCCUCUUCCCUCUUGGUUUACAGAAUUAGAUCUUGAAGAAUACAGUUCUCUGUACCAGAAAUCAGGGGUUCGCACUGCAUUGCAAAUUCCGUACAGGUCGUCUAAGGAGGACCUGGGAAUAACUGAUUUUAUCAUUAAAGUUCCAUCACUGUUGGUCAUGGGAGGGAAGGAUUAUGUGCUCAAAUUUCCAGGCAUUGAAGAGUACAUCAGGAGCGAAAAGGUCAAAGAAUUUGUUCCCCAGCUAGAGAUUGUAUUUUCACCAGAGGGAACACAUUUUAUCCAGGAGCAAUCCCCCAAUGAGGUGAAUCAGCUGAUUCUUGAUUUUCUUAAGAAGCACAUUUGAUAAACACUAGCUGAAGGCUAGCAGUGGUCAACAUUUGCCAUUAAAGAGAUGUUUAAGAAUCGAAUUGUGUAUAAUGUGUAUGUCCCUCAAGAGGUCCUUUGUAAGAAAAAAAUACUUCUCAAUAAUCAUGUACCACAUUGCCAUUCGC